AUGGAAUCAAUCAAAUUGAUCCAAAUCAAUGAUGAAGAAGAAACUACUCAGCUUGAUCUCGAUGAUAGACACGACCAAGCUGAUUAUGCAGAUGCAAAAUCAGUAUCGAGUCUGAUCAAAGAAGAUAUCGACCAAUGGUAUGGCAAAUCCGAUAUGUACGCGGACGAACUUUCUAUUACGUCAAUGAUUCUUCAAUCUCAAAAAAAUGAUCGUGUAAUAUUAUUCUUUUCCAACAAAACGAAUAAUGAUCAAUUGAUUAUAGCACUGAUCAAAGAUCUCAAAGAAAAAUUAGAAAGUCAUGGUUAUGUUGUUGAUGAUGCCGAUGAUGACCUCAACUCAGUCGAAGAAUUAGAGCAGAUCAUCUUUAUCUGUACUGAUCAAAUAAAUGAUCAUGAUAAUCGUCAAAUCAUGCAAGCCGUAGGACGCAAGAUCAAUAAACGUGGUGUACUACGUGAUGUCUUUAUUUUCAUCAACGAUGCUAUUCAACAUGUCUCCUGUCAUCUUAUAAAAUCUGUUCCGUAUCUUACAUUCGAUUUGCGCGUACGUGCUGCUAAAUUAACUGAUGAUGAAGUUCAAGAAGUAAUUGAUUAUCUUAACAGUAAGAUUCAAAUUUUUCAUUAG